AUGUCAGAAAUUGUUGAAUCUGAAGUAAGUACCACCAAAAACAAUAAGUCAAUCAAGUUAAAAAGAGAUAACCAGACAUUUUGCUCCAUCAACCCGUAUCCAUUCGGUAAAUACCAUAAUGCUACCAGAUAUAUAAAGGACAACAUUCUUAAUGUCCCAGAAUCAGGCGUCUCAGACUUUAUUGAACCUUGGCAUGAAUAUAAAGCUUUUAUCAAUACACCUGAUGAAAAUCAACUGGAGAAGUUCAUCACUGAGGUCAUUCGGUUUGCAGCUGCCUGCAUGAACAGCCGCACCAAUGGUACCAUACAUUUUGGAAUUGGAGACCAACCAGACUUUGUUCAUGGUCAGAUAGUGGGAGUUGCUGUUAAUGACAAACAAGAGUACCUAAAAGCCCUAAAAUCAGCCAUUGAUAAUAACUUUGAACACAAGCACAAGUUUGCUGCUCAGAAAUCUAUUAAAACUCCUCGAUUCGUUGAGGUUCUAAACAGAAAUAUAUUAUCUCAUGAAUUUGUGAUUGAAGUGGAUAUUGAGCCUCUGUUUGCCAUCUGUAGAGAAAACAUCUUCCACACCUUUAACAUGAAGAAACAUAAGAAAAAGAGAAGACAGAAAAUGUUCAUCAUUAGAGAUGGUGCUAGCACUAGAGACCUUCUUGUCCCAACUACAUUCGCCAAGCCUUUGGUUGAGUAUGAUGAGUUUGUUAAACAAAUACCUAAACUAUCACAGCUACGUAAGAAGGCAGAGGAGAAGCACUUAGAUUUAACUGAACAUGUUGUAAAACGUGGGCCAUAUACAAUGAAUAAUUGUCCAAGAGAUAAGUUAAUCAAGUUAAAAAGAGAUAACCAGACAUUUUGCUCCAUCAACCCGUAUCCAUUCGGUAAAUACCGUGAUACUACCAGAUAUAUAAAAGACAACAUUCUUAGUGUCACUGAAUCAGGCACCUUAGACUUUAUUGAACCCUGCCAUGAAUAUAAAGCUUUUAUCAAUACACCUGAUGAAAUCAACUGGAGAAGUUCAUCACUGAGGUCAUUCGGUUUGCAGCUGCCUGCAUGAACAGCCGCACCAAUGGUACCAUAC